UUGGUAAGUACCACGUUUGCUGCUGUCUAAAUAUGCAACCAUGCUGCCAUUGUGCUUGAUCUUUACAGUGUUUGAACGGCAGUUCCAGUAAGAUUUUGUCCAUCCAGCGGUUGCAUCUCAGUUAAAAAUCUACAUUGGUGUAGUUAGUGCAUAAUAUUACGCAACGAUUUCACAACAGGCACCACUCUCAGUUGUAAGACACUUCCUGAAUUUAGGUGCCGAUUGUCUUGAUAUGUUGAUUGUAUCCUUGGAAGGUUAGCAUGCAAUAGGCCUACAUAUAAUUUUAAGGGUCUCCAGUUAAGAAGAUAAUUUGAAGAUAGCAGUUUGACGGCUUGACACCUACCAUGGACUAUUGGAGUGCCUUGGAGGUGUAUAAGGAGAUGCUACUUCUGUACCUGGAGGAGGGCAAGCAGCUGGUCAACACUCGCUGUGAGGAGCUGGAGCCAUGGCAGAUCAUUGGAGCUACACUUAUUUCCACACUGGGGGCAGUCUGGCUCAAAGGCUUUCUCUUUCAGCAAGAAAGCCUCACAUCCCGAAUCAAGAAGCAGUGCUUUCAAAUCAUCAGAAAAAUACCAUAUGUUGGCACAUCAAUUCAGACCCAGCUUAACAAGGCCCUGGAUGAUAUGUCUGUGAGCCUUUGUACCCUGAAGGAGGGCAUGAGCUACACCAAACAACUGCCUGCCAAAGGCCUGAAGCAUGAAGAGGUCCUAGAUAAGAUCAAAGAGUACCAGUCACUGAAUGAGGUGGACUGGGAGAAGGGAAAGGUAUCAGGUGCAGUCUACUGGGGAGAUGAGAACCUCACCAAACUUCUAGUGAAGGUAUAUGGUGAUUUUGCAUGGAGUAACCCACUUCAUCCAGACAUCUUCCCCGGUGUCAGGAAGAUGGAAGCAGAAGUUGUGAGAAUGACAUGUUCUCUCUUCCACGGUGGGCCCAAUUCCUGCGGCGCAGUGACCUCAGGAGGAACUGAGAGUAUACUGAUGGCCUGCAAGGCCUACAGAGACAUGGCAUAUGAACGGGGGGUGAAACACCCUGAGAUCAUUGCUCCAGUGAGUGUGCAUGCAGCCUUUGACAAAGCAGCAAACUACUUCGGAAUGAAGUUGGUUCACAUACCCCUGGAUAAGAAGACGAUGAAAGUGGAUGUUAAGGCCAUGAAGAGAGCAAUCGGUAGGAACACUGCCAUGCUUGUGUGCUCGGCCCCACAGUUCCCCCAUGGAGUCAUGGAUCCUAUUGAGGAAGUAGGAAAGCUGGCUCAGCAAUACAACCUCCCCCUGCAUGUGGACGCAUGCUUAGGAGGAUUCCUCAUCGUGUUCAUGGCAAAGGCUGGCUUCAAGCUGGCUCCAUUUGACUUCAGGGUUAAGGGAGUGACCAGCAUUUCAGCAGACACACACAAGUAUGGCUAUGCCCCUAAAGGAUCCUCAGUGAUCCUCUACAGUGACAAGAAAUUUCGACACUACCAGUACUUCGUAGCCCCGGACUGGCAGGGGGGUAUUUAUGCCUCCCCAUCGGUGGCAGGGUCCCGGCCUGGUGGCAUCAUUGCUGCAUGCUGGGCCACCAUGAUGCACAUAGGAGAGAGUGGCUACGUAGACACUACCAGGAAGAUCAUUGAGACAACACGCUCUAUCAAGAUGCGAGUCAGUAAGAUACAGGGACUGUUUGUGUUCGGCGAUCCGGAAGUGUCUGUGGUGGCGUUGGGUUCUGACGUCUUUGAUAUCUUCCGUCUAUCUAACGCACUGACAUCUAAGGGUUGGAAUCUGAACACACUACAGUUCCCAUCAAGCAUCCACAUUUGUGUGACAGUACUGCACACACAGCUAGGUGUGGCUGACCAAUUCAUCAAUGACGUUGCUGAACAGGUGGAUAUUAUAAUGCAGAACCCUAAUGAGAAGACCACUGGAAUGGGAGCUAUCUACGGCAUGGCCCAGUCCAUCCCUGACAGGUCCAUGGUGACUGAAAUUUCCAGAGGCUUCCUAGACUGCCUCUACAGCACAGAGGUGGCCAAGACUAGCCACAUGAAUGGAAAUGGAAAGGCGCAUUAAGCCUCGAUUGGAUCUGCAAUGGCCUGAACCCCCCAUCAACACUGGGUUAUGAGCCCCCCCUCACUUUGGUUUGCUUGCCAAUGUCAUAUAACGGUUGCCUUAUACGGCCCACCUGUAACACACUUGCCCUUUUUCAAAGAAGAAGGCACAAGCCAUGUUUUAAAAAUAGGGGAGUGAAAUUGUUGAAAUACCUUUUAAGGCACAGAGAAGGUAUGGCUUAAACCACUUAGAUGAUGUCUCUGUGAUUAUUUUUCAUGUAAUAGCAUCAUGUGUGUUUCUUUAACUAUACAGUACUACACUGUUUUCAUUUACAAACUCAAUUUAACUUUUAGUCUUGUCAGUAUUUAGGUAACAGCUUAAAACCUUUUCAAUAAUGAUUAUACAAGUACAUUAAUUACUAUAUUACGUAUUACUUACUCAUAUGAAUGUCGACUGAAUGUCUAUAAUAUUGAUAAUGGGUCAUCUAUUUUCCAUUUUGAAGACCAGGAAAAUGUCAGCAUGCCAAUAGAUUUACUAUAAUACGCUUUAGAUAUCCGACCCCAUAAGGGAAACCUCUACUGCCCCAGUCUUCAAAACCAGAUGUUUAAUUACCUACAGUAUGAAGAUGGUUAAAGUACAGUGGUUAGAAUGAUCUUACUAUAAGAUUACAGUUGAAUUUACAAUCAAAAACAAAUCAAGCGCUUGUAUUGUUCAAUAUGGAAACAUGCAAGGACCACAAUCCUUUUUUCUUUUCUUCUUUUUUUUUU